UAUAUCUUGGGGUUGCAAAUUAUAAUUUCAUGGGGAAGAAGACGCCAGCAAUGAUCUAUGCAGUGUGCUCACUGACCAAACUACCAAUCAGCCCCAUGUCGGCUUCUUUGCUUUAUCUUCCGAACCCCUCUGUUUACCACUCACUUGCUGAGCCACGAGUGGCACACGACCAUCCUGAUGCUCUGCAAUUCUGCAUCACUCUCACUCACAGUUGCCUAGCUCGCAGCGGCCACCUCACCAUCGCAAUGGACAAAUAAAUAUUCUCGGCUCUUGUCUUCUCCUGCUCGCCCCUGAUCUUUGUCCACCAUUAUCUACAGCCUUUAGCUUCAUCAACUUUUCAAGAAUCCAAACUCAAAUCCAAGUCUGUGAAGACAACCAUGGAAGCAGUGAUGGGAAGGAUUCAUCUUGUAGUGCUGUGCAUGGCUGCGGCGGCGCUGGUGGAUUCUUUGGGCGCAGCCGCCGGCGAGGCAGCGCCGGCGCCGGCGCAGGAGCUGCGGCGAGGCUUCUCGGCCGCCCACGACCCGUCCUACUCGCAGUUCCAGCCGGUGCUCUCCGACCCCACGGGUGCCUUCGCGCUCGGCUUCCUCCGCGUCAACUCCACCAUGCUGGACCUCGCCGUUCUCCAUCUCCCGUCCUCCUUCCCGCUCUGGCGCGCCAUCCCCGACCGCCCGGCGCCCUGGUCCACUGCCGCCUACCUCUCCUUCGACGGCGGCCUUUUUCUCACCGACCGCGCAGCCAACAAAGUGAUCUGGUCCUCCGCCGCCGCCUCUGCCGCGGCCGGCGACCGCGCCGUCCUCCUCAACACGUCCAACCUGCAAAUCCAAAGCUCUGGUCGCAGUUCACCCGGUGUUGUGUGGCAAAGCUUCGACUACCCGUCUGAGACCAUCGUGCAGGGUCAGAACUUCACCUCCGCGGCGGCGCUCUACACCUUCGACCGGCGCUUUGCCAUGCGGCUGGGGAGCAACUACUUCGCGUUGUACAUCGAGCCGUCGUCGGGCCGCGUCGCCGCUGCCAUGUACUGGAAGCAUACGGCGCUGGAGGCCAAGGCCCAGAUCGUGCCCGGCGGCGGCCCGACCUACGCGCGCAUUGAGCCCGACGGCUUCCUCGCCAUGUACCAGAAGGAGGGGCCUCCAGCCGACGUGCUCUCCUUCGACACCUUUAACCGCGGCGUCCGCGCCCUCCGCCGCAUGACCCUCGAGCCCGACGGCAACCUCCGCGCCUACUACUGGGACGGCGCCCGGUGGGCCCUCGACUACAUUGCAAUCACCGAGCCAUGCGAGCUGCCCACCACUUGCGGCGCCUACAGCAUCUGCGUGCCGCCCGGCGGCCGGUGCGCGUGCAUGGCCAACGCGACCGACGGCUCGGGCUGCGCCGCCGCUACCGCCACCUCCGUCGGGGGCGGCCUGUGCGGCACCACGGGCGGAGAGCUUGGCGGGCUGUACUGGGCGGUGCGGAGGCAGGGCGUGGAGCCGGUGAACAAGGAGCUGCUGGGGUUCGAGCGCGCGGCAUCGGCGGUGGACUGCGAGGCGCGGUGCGAGCACAACUGCAGCUGCUGGGGCGCGGUGUACAGCAACGGGACGGGAUACUGCUACCUCAUGGACUACCCGGCGCAGCUGCUAGUCGAGGGAGACGAGAGGAAGAUGGGCUACUUCAAGGUCAGGAAUCUGGCGGAGGAGGAAUCUAAGCGCGGGCGCAGCGGCAGCUGGGCGAGCGGGGCCAAGGCGGCGCUGCUGGCCGUCGGCAUCACGGCAGUGGUCGCCACGGUUGCGUUCGGGGCGUACAGGGUGUGGGAUAGGAGGCAGCGUCGCGCCGCGGAUGCGAGGCGGCAGCUGGGAGCCGCCGAUGACGGCCUCUCGCCGGGGCCGUACAAGAACCUGGGGUCCUUCAGCUCCGUCGAGCUCACCAACUCCUUCCGGAGGUAGCAAAAGUCUGAGGCGACGAGAUGUGGAGUACUCCAAUAGAUUGGUGAGGUCGCCGGGAUUUCUCCGCCUUCACGCGCUGAUCGGAGAACGCAGGGCCCGACGCACCGGCACCGCGUGAAAGGCGGCGGCGGCCGCUGGUCGGACAAGACAGGACCAACCCGUGUCGAUUUUGCGGAAUUGAAGAGACCUUCAAUUUUGGUCAUGGGCUUAUUUUGAUAGGAUUGGGGCCAUUCUCUUUUUUAAGCCCUGGAGUAACGCCCAACUGUUUGCCAUGUUCGGCCUUGUGCGGACAGCCAAUCUAAAUACAUAAUAUCUUCCUCCCAAAACAUAAUGCGUCUUACAUUUUUUCUA